UUGUACCACCGAACGAUGGUCCUCAGCCUCCUCCUCUUCCUUCUCUUCUUCCCCUCCCUCGCCGCUCCCUCACGCAUUCCGGCCAUCAUCGUCUUCGGUGACUCCACCGUCGAUGCUGGCAACAACAACUACGUCCGGACCAUCGCCAGAGCCAACUUUCCUCCCUACGGACGCGACUUCCCAGGCGGCCGCGCCACCGGCCGCUUCUGCAACGGCCGCCUCGCGACCGACUUCGUCUCGGAGUCCCUCGGCCUCCCGCCCACCGUCCCCGCCUACCUCGACCCGGCCUACUCCAUCAAGGACUUCGCCACAGGCGUGUGCUUCGCAUCGGCCGCCACCGGGCUCGACACCGCCACCUCCGACGUGCUAUCUGUGAUACCUCUGUGGCAAGAGAUGGAGUACUUCAAGGAGUACAAGAAGCGGCUGACGCACUACGUGGGGAGGAAGAAGGCCAUGCACAUCAUCCACGAGGCCGUGUACAUCGUCAGCGUAGGGACCAACGACUUCAUCGAGAACUACUACUCGCCGACGAGCAGCCGGAGAAAGCAGUUCACGGUGGAGGAGUAUGAAGACUUCCUCAUCGGCCUCGCCGCCCGCUUCCUCACCAAGCUCCACCGGCAGGGGGCUCGCAAGAUCUCCUUCACAGGGCUCAGCCCCUUCGGGUGCCUACCGUCGGAGCGGGCCACCAACUUCCUCGGCCACGGUGAGUGCAUGGAGCAGUACAACAAGGUGGCCAUUGACUUCAACAUGAAGCUACAGGCGUUGAUAGAGAGGCUGUGCGCUUCGUCCCCGGGGCUCAAGCUGAGAUUUUCUCCCACGUAUGACUUGUUCCUCCACGUCGUACAGAAUCCAUCCUCAUAUGGGUUCGAGAACGCGAUUCGAGGUUGCUGCGGGACGGGAAGAAUGGAGAUGGGCUACUUCUGCAACGAAUGGAGCCAUUUCACGUGUGAAGACCCAAACAAGUUUGUGUUCUGGGAUUCAGUUCAUCCGUCCGAGAGCUUGAAUCGUAUCUUCGCCAACCAGACGCUGAGGACCAGCCUGGCCGAGUUCUUAUAGUUGAUGUAGGCAGUUUAAGAUCUCAUAUAUAUAUAUCCACAAGCUUAAGAAACAAUCAAGCGGAUUCAGUGAAGCUUAGCCGGAUGUAUUUGCUUUCUGCCUGUGUAUGUCAUGUGCCUUCUACAACAGAAUGGUGAAGAAGAUGAAGCCAUUUCUCCGUGGAACUCUCCACCGUAACUCAAUCUAGAGAAGGCGACGUGGAACUCCAAGACCGUGAAUCUUGAGCCAGUUUCUACAAUGAUUACCAACAAAGAUCAUCGACUAAUAAUAGAACUAAGCUGAAGACCAACGACAACGUGUCCUGCAUGACGACGGAGUUGCAGAUAGGAAGGACGUCGUUUGCAGCUCCAUUGAAACGACCCUACUCUCUGUCUCUCUCUCCCUUGUAAUGCCUCUUGUCAUUUAUGAGUGGAGAAUUUGUGGCA